AUGACAGAUAUUCAAGCUCUCUUUGCCAUCAAGAAUGAAAUAAUUGAUCCCUUUGAAUCUUUGAUUUCAUGGAAUGAGUCUGUUCCUUUAUGUCAAUGGCAUGGUGUGGUAUGUGGAACGCGAAAUCAACGAGUCACUGAACUAAACCUUCUUGACCAGAAGCUCACCGGUGUGUUAUCACCUUUUGUUGGAAAUUUGAGCUUCCUUAUACGACUAGACAUCGGAAACAAUACUAUUUCUGGCAAUAUCCCUCCUGAACUAGGCCGUUUGACAAGAUUAAGCCAUCUAUAUUUGCAAAACAAUUCAUUGCAUGGUGAUAUUCCAGUCAAUCUAUCGCUUUGCACUAACCUCGUUGAGUUAUGGGCGUACAAGAACAAUCUUGUAGGCGUGCUUCCGAGGGAGCUUGGUUUUCUUACCAAACUCAAAUAUUUCGAUUUCAGUUACAACAAGCUCAGUGGUGAAAUCCCAAAAUCUUAUAGUAACUUCUCAAGUCUCUUGGAAAUGUACCUUUUGGAUAAUGAUCUCGAGGGUAAAAUCCCUGAUGAGUUUGGGAAACUGAAAAGUUUGAAAAUAUUUGACGCGGACUUUAAUAGGUUAUCUGGUAAAAUUCCGAGCUCAUUAUUCAAUCUUACCUCCUUGAAAGUCAUUGAUGUGUCAGUUAACCAACUCGAAGGUACUCUCCCUCGGGAUUUAGGGAUCAAUCUUCCUAAUCUGGUGUGUAUCAGCAUUAGUGAGAAUCGAUUCAGUGGAUCGCUUCCUUAUUCACUUUUCAACCUCACAGGACUGGAGUACCUUAUUGUUGGCAAAAAUAACUUAGGAGGACGUGUUCCUAGGUUCGAUAAGUUGCAUAAUUUGUUUUUAUUAGGCAUGGAUAAUAAUCACUUUGAAAAUGACUUGACCCUCAUGUCCUCCUUAACAAAUGCAACCAACCUGAACCGUCUGUAUCUUCAACACAACGCGUUUGGAGGGACAUUUCAUGAGUUUUUCAGCAACCUCUCAAGUAAUCUGGCAUAUGUAGACUUGUCAAGCAAUUGGUUUUCAGGACAUAUCCCGAUAGAGAUUGGGAAAUUCGUCAACUUGGAAGAGCUUAGGCUGAGUGGAAACCAACUCACAGGUAUCAUCCCUCCGACUAUUGGGAAGAUUUAUAAGCUAAGAUAUUUACACAUGUCCCACAACAGAGUUUCAGGUAGCAUACCCUUUUCCAUUGCAAAUCUGAGCCUUUUAACAGAGUUAAAUCUUGAUCAUAACAAUCUUAGAGGUAGAAUACCUUUAAGUGUUGGAAAAUGUCAAAAUUUGUUGUAUCUUAACCUAAACCAAAACAAUUUAAUCGGUUCAAUACCAAAAGAAAUUUGUCUCAUCUCUUCCUUAGUUGUUCUCAACCUUUCUAGUAACAACUUGACUGGCGCCCUUCCCAAAGAAAUCGAUAACCAGAAAAAUCUAUUAUCAUUAGAUGUCUCUUUGAAUUAUCUCACUGGUGAAAUUCCUAGUACACUUGGAAGUUGUGUGACAAUUGUUAACUUAACAAUGAAAAGGAAUUUAUUUCGCGGGGUUGUUCCUUCCACUUUGAGUUCACUAAAGAGUCUUCAAGUAUUAGAUCUUUCGUGUAAUAAGCUAUCAGGUAUGGUUCCAAAGUACUUUGAAGGAUUUGCCUUGCAUUUCUUAAACUUGUCGUUUAAUGAUUUUGAAGGUGCCCUUCCAGAAAGAGGCAUCUUUGAGAAUGUGAGUGUAGUUUCUUUCGUUGGAAAUCCUAGAAUUUGUGGUGGUGUACCUGGCUUGAAACUUCCCAAUUGCAACUUCAGUCAUUCAAAGAAGAUAAACUUUAAGCUUGUUAUUUUAGUAAUAUUAGGAAUUUUGGGGCUAGUUGUUAUGGUUUGUGCCUUUUUCUUCUAUGGAUUCAGAAGGUCCAAAAGAACAUUUCCUUCAUUAGAUAAAAAUCUAAACCAACUCAUAGCUAUGUCCUAUCAAAGUAUUCUCAAAGUUACCAACGGGUUUUCUACGAGCAACUUGAUUGGUGUUGGGAGUCAUGGAUAUGUUUAUAAGGGAAUUUUAGAAAUGGAUGGUAAACAUGUUGCUAUAAAAGUAAUGAAUCUUUUACAAUAUGGAGCUAUCAAAAGUUUCAUAGCAGAAUGUGAAGCCUUGAGAAAUGUUAGACAUCGGAAUUUAGUUAAGCUACUUACUGCAUGUUCUAGUGUUGAUUAUCGUGGCAACGAAUUCAAGGCAUUGGUUUACGAGUUUAUGGCCAAUGGAAGUUUGGAGGACUGGUUGCAUCCAGAUAAUUCAAGACCAAAUGUUCAACCAACAAGGUUGGGAUUUCUACAAAGGCUCAAUAUUGCUAUUGAUGUUGCUAGUGCAAUACAUUAUCUUCAUAAUGAUUGUCAAAUAUCAAUAGUUCAUUGUGAUCUCAAACCAAGCAAUAUUCUCCUUGACAAUGAGUUGGUUGCCCAUGUUGGAGAUUUUGGAUUGGCAAGAUUCCUACAUCUCACUGAUGAAACCACUUGUAGAAUUCAGACAAGCUCUACAACUUUUAAAGGAUCUAUUGGCUACAUAGCUCCAGAGUAUGGGAUGGGAAGCGAACCAUCAACUCAAGGUGAUGUGUAUAGUUUUGGUAUCGUCUUACUUGAAAUGUUAACCGGUAAAAGGCCAACAGAUGAAAUGUUUGGCGGCAAUUUAAGCCUUCACGAUUUUGUUAGGAAUGCCAUACCUGAUGGAGCACUUGAAAUAGUAGAUCCAAUUUUAAAUUUUGAAGAGAUAGAAAUAAUCAGAGAUAGGUCUCCAUUUCCAAGAUUCAUGAGAAGGCAAAAAAUGGUAGAGGGUUUAAUCUCCUUAUUUGGAGUUGGAAUUGUUUGUUCAAUGUAUGAUUCAAGUAAAAGAAAAAGCAUCAAUGAGGUUGUUAGAGAGUUGUGUUCUAUUAGAGACUCUCUUGUUGGUUGUACAUGA